AUGCCAUAUGGGAGGCCGAAGGAGAGGAAAGAUGCGAUGUACUAUUCACAAGUCUUACCACCUGGCGGUGGACUCGGACUAAAGUACUACAUGAAGAAGUAUGAUGGAAAGUGGGCUUCUUUAAACAACGGCUUUGAUCUCACUGCGUAUGAAGUACUCCAAAGAGCAUCAAAUGUUGUAAAUGAUGAACCUGCAAACUCUUCCCUUUCCAAAGUAGACUCUUCACUCUUUAAUGCCUUGGACUCUUUUGAGGAGAAUGUUCCAGUUCCUCAGUCAGCUGAGCAGCCUGCCACUACUCCUAUUACCCUUGAUCUUGCUAGUCCAGAUAACUCGAAUAUUAAUGUAGACGAACAAACUUUUGGUGAAGUCUUACUCAAAAGCUAUUUUCCAAGGAAGGAUCAUCAUAUAUCAUCCGUUGUAGAGAAUGGAGUUACUCUCUGGAAGGCUACUGGAGAUGAAAAAUGUACAUCUGUGCAAUCUCAUGUACAAGACUCUACUGUAAUGACCAUAGGAAUAAAGAGUGGUGAUGACUUGGAAGCUAAAUUCUUUGAAAAGAAUGGCGGCGUAUGGAAGAAUGUGGACAAGAGAUACUUCGAGCAUAGGCUACACUCAAUGAAGGACUUUUCCGCACAUGCUGGUGAGAGGCUGGGAGGACCUGAGACUUUGCCAGAGGAAGUUCUGACUAAAGAGAAUGAGGAUCUCCCUGAAGUUGGUACUCUAAAAGUGGAAAGUCCGGUAGAAUCUAAUGAUGAGCUUAACUUUGCUAGCCUUGGAUGUCCCUUGGGAGGAUACUCAGGUUCAGGAAUUCCCGUAGAGGACCUCAAGCCAGUAGUUGAGAAGGUAGAACCUCAAGAUGAUAAAGAUUUACUAGAAGCCCCUGUAGAAGAGCUAGGAGAACUUGAGGCUUUACCAGAAGCUACUGUAUUGGAACCUGAGGAAGACGCUGAAACUCAAGGAGAGAGGAUAACUACCAAUGGAUCUCCAGACGAAAAUGAUGGCAUACUAUCUGUUGUAGAUAUGGAUGAUUUAGAUUCUGUAGCCUCUGGAGAUGGAGAUAAAAUAGGAAAAGGGAAUAUGGAGUAUGAAUUAGAUGAUUCAGUAGCUGGAGAAGAGGAAGAAGAUGAUAUUGAAAAGGGUCAGAAGAAUUUUAGAAGUACUCUACCUCCAGCUACUGAAUCAUCUAGUAAGACUAAUGCUAACAGGGAAGCUAGCGUUCCAAAGCCUACCACUCCCGUUACUUUAGACCUUUCCAAACCAGAUAAAGACAAAGUAGAGAUUAAACAAGGUGCUGAAGAGGGAUUUAAUAUGAAAAACUAUACUCCAAAGGAUGCUAAGGUUACAUCCGUAGUUGAUGGUGGAGCUACUCUGUGGACAGCUAGCAGAGAGGAAAAGUUAACUUCCGCUGGUUCUUCCACCAAGGGGAAUGAAUCAAUUCUUUACUUGGAAAUCGAUAAUGGUAAUAGUGUAAAAACCCUCAAAUUCUUUGAGAAGGUUGGUACUGAGUGGAAGAGUAUUAAAGAGGAUGAAUUUUCAACCAAGUUUAAGGCAAUGGUAGAAUCGGUUUUGCCUACCUAA